UUCACCAACCAUUUGUCACGCAUUCCAAAACACUUAAUCCUUAAAACCAAACAACAAACUACACAAACUCAUGUCCACAUGAACUUCCUAUUCCGCCUCGCGCUAUUCGCUGUCCUUGCCCUUGGGGCUACCCGAGUCAUCCUCGACAGCUUCAAACACAAUCUCGAAGGUCCGUUUUUCCAAAAAACGAGGAGCAACAAGUACGCGGUUAGUGUUCCGGUCAAGGUUUUCGAGGAUGAGACAAUCGAGGAAAGUUGCGACGUGUUUAAAGGGAAAUGGGUUUGGGACAAUGAAAGCUAUCCGCUUUACAGGGAAGACACUUGUCAGUUUCUGGUUAAACAGACGACAUGUCUGAAAAACGGGAGGCCCGAUUCUUUCUAUCAGAAUUGGAAGUGGCAGCCAAGUGCAUGCAAUCUGCCAAGAUUUGAUGGUAUGAAGCUAAUGGAGAUGCUGAGGGAUAAAAGGCUCAUGUUUGUCGGGGAUUCGAUACAAAGAAGCAUGUUCGAGUCCAUGGUCUGCUUAGUACAAUCCAAACUCCCAAACGAUGUAAGAACCUCUCUACAACGGGUGCCUCCGAGGAAAAUUUUCAAAGUCGAGGAAUUCAAUGCAUCUAUUGAGUACUAUUGGGCUCCUUUCCUAACAGAGUCCAUAUCAGACAAUGCCAUAAACCACACCGUUUUCAAGCGUCUCGUGAGGCUCGACUCGGUGGCCAAACACAGCCAAGAAUGGGAGGGGGCCCACAUUUUGGUCUUCGAGAGCUACGUUUGGUGGAUGCACAAACCCACCAUAAACGCAACGUUCGAAUCUCUAAACAAUGUCCGGGAAUAUAACGUGACAAGUGCGUAUCGAUUAGCGUUGAAAACAUGGGCAGAUUGGGUCGAGUCGAGCAUUGAUCCAAGUACUCAAAAGAUCUUUUUCGCAACAAUGUCCCCGACACACUUGUGGAGUUGGGAAUGGAAACCCGGAACGGGUGGAACUUGCUUCAACGAGACAUCCCCGAUUGAACAAGAAUCCUACUGGGGAACGGGUUCGAGUCUGGACAUCAUGGGAACAGUCAAAGACAUUCUUGGACAGCUAAAGGCUAAGGUAACUGUGCUAAAUAUUACUCAGCUGUCUGAAUACAGAAAAGAUGGACACACUUCAGUCUAUGGGGAAAGAAAAGGUAAACUCUUGACUAAAGAACAGAGAUCAGACCCAAAUAAUUUUGCUGACUGUAUUCACUGGUGCUUACCUGGAGUCCCUGACACGUGGAACGAGAUUUUGUACGCACAUCUUUUGCAAGAUUAUCGUUCGUAGAAGAAAAAAGUCAAAGACAAAGCUCAACCUUUUUUCUCAUCUUCUGUUUUUGACUUUUUUCUUAGAAUACCCAUACACAAGACAAAUGUACACAAGGAAAUUUAAUAAACAGCAAAAUAUAAAUGGUGAUAUGACCAUAUA